GGCGCGCGCCGAGCGGCGACGGCGGGCGGGCCUGGCGCGCAGCUGCGCUCGCUCGCCGGCUCCCGAGGAAGGGCAGUGGGCCCCGCCGCCGCCGCCGCCCGAUGGCGAAGCUGCGGGAUUGCCUGCCCCGCCUGAUGCUCACGCUCCGGUCCCUGCUCUUCUGGUCCCUGGUCUACUGCUACUGCGGGCUCUGCGCCUCCAUCCACCUGCUCAAACUUUUGUGGAGCCUCGGCAAGGGGCCGGCGCAGACCUUCCGGCGGCCCGCCCGGGAGCACCCUCCCGCCUGCCUGAGCGACCCCUCCUUGGGCACCCACUGCUACGUGCGGAUCAAGGAUUCAGGGUUAAGAUUUCACUAUGUUGCUGCUGGAGAAAGAGGCAAACCACUUAUGCUGCUGCUUCAUGGAUUUCCAGAAUUCUGGUAUUCUUGGCGUUACCAGCUGAGAGAAUUUAAAAGUGAAUAUCGAGUUGUAGCACUGGAUUUGAGAGGCUAUGGAGAAACAGAUGCUCCCAUUCAUCGAGAGAAUUAUAAAUUGGACUGUCUAAUUACAGACAUAAAGGAUAUUUUAGAUUCUUUAGGGUAUAGCAAAUGUGUUCUUAUUGGCCAUGACUGGGGGGGCAUGAUUGCUUGGCUAAUUGCCAUCUGUUAUCCUGAAAUGGUGAUGAAGCUUAUUGUUAUUAACUUCCCUCAUCCAAAUGUAUUUACAGAAUAUAUUUUACGACACCCUGCUCAGCUGUUCAAAUCCAGUUAUUACUACUUCUUCCAAAUACCAUGGUUCCCAGAAUUUAUGUUCUCAAUAAAUGAUUUCAAGGUUUUGAAACAUUUGUUUACCAGUCACAGCACUGGCAUUGGAAGAAAAGGAUGCCAAUUAACAACAGAGGAUCUUGAAGCUUAUAUUUAUGUCUUUUCUCAGCCUGGAGCAUUAAGUGGUCCAAUUAACUAUUACCGAAAUAUCUUCAGCUGCCUGCCUCUCAAGCAUCACAUGGUGAGCACUCCAACACUACUACUGUGGGGAGAGAAUGACGCAUUCAUGGAGGUUGAAAUGGCUGAAGUCACAAAGAUUUAUGUUAAAAACUAUUUCAGGCUAACUAUUUUGUCAGAAGCCAGUCAUUGGCUUCAGCAAGACCAACCUGACAUAGUGAACAAAUUGAUAUGGACAUUUCUAAAAGAAGAAACAAGAAAAAAAGAUUGACUUUUCUUUAACUUCUAUGAAGGGUCUGUAAUGAAAUCUCUAAAUAAUUUUUAAAAAUUGUUCAAUAACCUCUUUAUGUUUUAUUAGGAAAAAAACUGUUUUAAUGUGCUUUAUCAUAAAUAAAUAUCCUAACAAAUGGCAUUGAAAAAAAUCUGAGAUUGUGUGAACAUGUAAUACAAUGUUGAGUUUCUCCUGGUGUAUUUUGCACAGAUAAGCAUCUGCCUUAAAAUGUAUACACUUGUACAAAAAGG